AAAACCCUUUCAAUGGCUUCUCUGGGGAAGAAACGGCUUGUUAGCGGUAACAGCAGCGGCGAGGAAGGGAUCGUUGCGAGAGUGACGCGCACCGUAUCGGAUUCAGCUAUCGUGAGCACUGCGAAACAUGCGGCGAAUGACGCGGCAUACGUGGCGAAGAGGCUGGCUAAGAGCACGGGAAAGGCGGCGUGGAUCGCUGGUACCACUUUCCUCAUCCUGGUGGUACCACUCAUCAUCGAGAUGGACCGCGAGCAGCAGAUCAGUGAGCUCGAGCUGCAGCAGCAGAGCCUCCUCGGCGCCCCUCCUGCACCAAUCAACAAGUGAUGCUUUUUUUUCCCCCGAUUGGGUCUGUUCAAGUAAAAAUAUUUGGUGAUAGUGAACUAGUGAUUUAGUUUUUUUUUUUUUUUUUUUUUAAUUACUGGAUGAUGAAUGUGGGGUUUUUCACAGGAAACUUGAGGAUUAAUCUUAGAUUUUAGUAUUGUUUA